CCAGUACGGGAAAAUGUUAAAAUGGGAUUUAGAUUUUUACCUUUUCUUACACAGUUAUAAGUUUCAUACUAUACCCAUCAAACCACUGAGGCUAAAACACAUAAAGUUAAAGCGAGUUGAGGAGGGGUACGUCUUACUGUCGCACUCAUAGAACUAACUUGCAUCUGCAUGGCAUGGCAGGGGUCUCCCCUUGAACUCAAGAGAAUGAACCACUUGCUGCAGCAGUCCAGAGCAUCUGGUGUGUACUGCAGAUGGCUGGCUACAUUGCAGAGGUCUCACAAAAUCUCAACUGCUGCAACAGCAUGUACUCCACAGAAAGAUGAAAAAGAUCCCAUGGAAAAACUACAAAAGAAUCCCUAUUUUGAAAAAUAUAAAGGAAAAAUUCAUGAUUUACAGCAAAAUUCCCCAGAAGAAUUUGAAUCUCGUCUGGAAGAAUUUAAGAAAAAAGGGCAACCCAAAGAAAAAAAGGUUGAACCAAAGGCAAAAAAACAACCAGUGUCAGCAGCUGCUAGCAAGAUGUCACAGACAUCCAAACUAUCUCAAUUGAAAAUGACUAAAGAAAAGACACUUAAUGACAUUAUGAAGGUUGAUCUUCUAUAUGAUAAAUCUGCUCAAGAGAUAAAACAGAUUUGGCAACAACACUUCAGUAAAAAGAAAAAUACUGUAUUUGCAGUUAUCCCUGUAAAAACUUAUGAAGUUAUACAUGAGAGGUCAUCAACUUAUCCAAUGUUUCUGUACACUCUGCCUAGAGGAGAUGGCUAUGAAUUUUAUGUAGCUUCCUUUAGUGGACAUGAAUGCUACUUUACACCACUGAUUGCAUACCAGGCUCAUCAAGCAGAUUCCCCAGUUUGUUUAACUCUGCAUCAUUAUUCAGAACUGGGAGAUGAAAAAGGAAUUGUCUUGAUGCAUGGUGAAUAUAACAGUGAUAUUUUAAAUGCACAAGAUGCUCAACUUCUUUGCCAGCAAGUACAGAUUUAUUAUGGACCAGAGAGCACUAGCUAUCAUUUGGUGGAGACUUUUAACGAGCAGCCAGAUAAUUUCACUGAUCUUAUAUCACAAUUAGAAAAACUCACAGAUAAUAAUGAGGACGGGCUGAACCCAGUGAUGGGCUCCGUGGCUGCUCUCGUCACGAGUAUCAUGAAGAGUAGCAUUAAAUAUAAGGUUGUUGCAGCAGUUGAUAUCAAUGAUGUUGCAAAUGAAGUUUACAAAUACAACUUUCAGGACAUCAACCUACUUCAGAGGAGUAUAGAGUCCAUUAGUCUGAAGGAAUUGAACAAACUUAGCCCAACCAUGCUGCUAAUGAGUCCACCAUGUCAGCCAUUCACCAGGGUGGGGCUACAGAAGGAUAUAGAGGAUGCAAGAACUAACUCGUUUAUCUACCUUUUAGAAACACUACCUAAAUUGGAAAAGUUGCCCAACUACAUAUUGAUUGAAAAUGUGAAGGGUUUUGAAUGUUCCCAGACAAGAGACAAGAUGGUUAGCACACUCAGAGAAUGUGGCUACAACUUUCAGGAGUUCCUUCUUACUCCAUUGCAGUUUGGUGUCCCCAACUCAAGGAUGAGGUACUAUAUGGUAGCAAAGAAGAAACCUUUGACUUUUGUUUUUGAUACUUGUGAGGGCAAGAAACUACAAAAGAAUCCCUAUUUUGAAAAAUAUAAAGGAAAAAUUCAUGAUUUACAGCAAAAUUCCCCAGAAGAAUUUGAAUCUCGUCUGGAAGAAUUUAAGAAAAAAGGGCAACCCAAAGAAAAAAAGGUUGAACCAAAGGCAAAAAAACAACCAGUGUCAGCAGCUGCUAGCAAGAUGUCACAGACAUCCAAACUAUCUCAACUGAAAAUGACUGAAGAAAAGACACUUAAUGACAUUAUGAAGGUUGAUCUUCUAUAUGAUAAAUCUGCUCAAGAGAUAAAACAGAUUUGGCAACAACACUUCAGUAAAAAGGAAAGUACUGUGUUUGCAGUUAUCCCUGUAAAAAUUUAUGAAGUUAUACAUGAGAGGUCGUCGACUUACCCAAUGUUUCUGUACACUCUGCCUAGAGGAGAUGGCUAUGAAUUUUAUGUAGCUUCCUUUAGUGGACAUGAAUGCUACUUUACACCACUGAUUGCAUACCAGGCUCAUCAAGCAGAUGCCCCAGUUUGUUUAACUCUGCACCAUUAUUCAGAACUUGGUGAUGAAAAAGGAAUUGUCUUGAUGCAUGGUGAAUAUAACAGAGAUAUUUUAAAUGCACAAGAUGCUCAACUUCUUUGCCAGCAAGUACAGAUUUAUUAUGGACCAGAGAGCACUAGCUAUCAUUUGGUGGAGACUUUUAACGAGCAGCCAGAUAAUUUCAAACACACUGAUCUUAUAUCACAAUUAGAAAAAGUCUUGCCUUUGAGGUGACCAGUACCAAUUCAGAACAUUAAAAUGGUAUGAAAAAUUGCGUGAAUGUCAGUUUUAGUGUUGUAUGGAAAGGAAAAUACAAUACUUGUACAUUUACAUCCAAACCAGAAAGUAUGCUUGGGACUGAGAAUAGAAAGUUGAUUCUGUAUUACAUGUAAUAACAUAGACAAUAGAAUGAAAAAAAUAUGGGUUUCCUGUAUUAUCAUCACCUGAAGCUCUGCUUUACUGAGGACAUAAAUGAUUAGUUAAAAUAGAGUUUGAACAUUCAUGCAUAAGAAGUUGAUAGAAAACUACUGUUUGUUUAUGCUAAGUUAUUAUACAUGCAGUGCCAAGAUAAUUGAGAUUAUUUUGAUAAUGAUACAUGUUCAUACCAUUAGUGUCAGUACACGAAAACAAAUAUUGUUUCUAGUAAUUGAUUCUAUAAAAUUGUAUUACGUCAUAAAUAUAAUGGGUGGGUAUGGGUAUGUCAUAAAGUGUGAAAUCAGUUUGUUUUUGUGUGACCUUUUUUUCUAGUAUGGGAGUAUAGUUACUCUGAACUUACUAUGACAUUAUGAUAUAUGUACACGUGUAUAUCUGCAAACCAACUGUAGAGGCCACUCAUUAAAAUAUUGAGUACAUUAAUACAACUGUCUGUUUCAUUUUCUGUUGCUAAUAUUUACCUAGUGUGCACAUACAUGUAGAAGAUGGGCCCAGUAAAAUUUUCCAGCUAAUUACCAGUACCAAUAUAUCAUAUUGUGAGUGCAUAUACAGUACAUCUUAUCAAA